AUGGGGAAGAUAGCGAACACUAUACAUGGGUUGAAGCCAGUGAUAAUGAUGGUUGUGGUUCAAGCUGCAUUGGUAGGAAAUAGUGUAUUCUACAAAUUGGCUUCAAGUAUUGGAAUGAGCAUGAGCGUCUUGAUUGCCUAUCGCUUUGUCUUUGCUGCUGCCUUCAUUGUCCCUCUCGCUCUACUCCUUGAAAGGAUGGAGAGGUUGGGAUUGGGCACAAUGAUAGGCAAGGCGAAGGUGGCAGGGACGUUGAUGUGCAUUGGUGGGGCCAUGCUGCUCAUGUUCUACAAAGGGGCAGAGCUCAACAUCUGUUCAACCAAUGUUGACUUUUUACAUCACAAGGGUGGACACGUGGUGACACUACACCCACAUGAUAGUAAUGACGUGGUGGGAGCUUUAUUGGUUGUGUUCUGCUGUGUCUCUGGUGCAAUAGGAUUGAUUGCUAAGGCUAAGAUGAUACAGGACUAUCCUUGUGUCUACUCCAGCAUUGCUCUGAUAAUGACGAUGACAGCAAUCCAAGCCAUUGGAUUUGCACUCUCCACUCUGCAUGGAUAG